CGCAAGUAAUCGAACAAAUCCCAUCAAUAUCAGGGAGCGCGUAAAUUUGUAAACAUUCCAGGUCUGAAAUGAAUCCCCCACCGGCUCGAGGGCGGGCUCCCUCUCGUUUCGUACGUGGACGGGCCCGCGGAGGUGGUGCCUAUCGUCCUUACUUCUACUUCCGGCGGAAUGGGCGUGUGAUCCCUGCUCGUGGAAAUCGACAACCGAAUCGUGAGGCGGCCACAGGUGAAGGAGGUACGGACGCGGAACCUCCAGCGACCCGCCAACCCAGGGGCUGGGGCCGGUCAUCAAACAAACGCGGACGUGGCGCACCCUUGGACUGUAGCUUUCUGCGGCCGGAGAACUAUGCUGCUCCCGAAGAUGGGCUACUGGUUCAAAGCAUCGCGGUGGACAAUCCGCGUGCAUAUUCCGGAUGGAGAUUGUACUUCUUAAGAGACACCUACGCAGAGGAGAGUGAUCUCGCUAGAAGGAUCAUGGCCGUGGAAGCUCAUUAUCAAAGAAAUCCGCAAAACUACGAUUUUGUAAAGAUCCGUGAUCAAGGAUUCUUCACACUGCCCGCUUCAGGGAUCCUACAGGAUGUGCAGCUAAAAGAAGUGUGGCCCGGGCUAGAGGAGGAUCUAAAGGAGCACCCAUUGCGAUCUCUUUCGACUCUGUCUCUGGCCAUGCACACCGUGGUUGUAAACCAUUUGUUGGAUGCAACAGAUACUGCCGUGGGCGCUGUUUCCACGCCGGAGCAGUACUUGCCUCCAACCCAACGACUGCGCAAAAUCUAUGCGAGGCCAUUCGAAUUUGUACCGGUUAAUUCGCUGAACAGCAUCAUCCACGACCGAGUGGAUACUCUGUUCGCAAUUCAAGGGACCGUGACCAGCAUUGGCGAACCAACCUACAACCUGACGUGGCAAGCUUUUCGCUGCAGUCGUUGCCAAAUGGAGAUGGCUAUGCGUCAGCGUGGGACCUUCCAGCCGCGUCCCUACCACUGCAAGAGAUCCGAGUGUGUGGCUCGCGAUGGAUUCCUGGCCCUUAGGAGCUCCCCAUAUACACGCCUUUCUGCCAGGCAGAUCAUUCGCCUGGAGGAGUCAAGCCUGUCUUUAAUGAAUGACUUCGAAAACACCCAGCCGGAGGAAAUAGAUAUUGAGUUGCGACACGAUCUGGUGGAUUCUGUUCGAGUGGGCCAGUUGGUGAUCGUCACGGGGGUGCUGAAGCUGCAGGAACUAGGAGAGGAUGAUGCCACCAACGACCAAAAGCAAGCCUAUCUCAAGGCGGUCAGUAUUCAGGAUGCGGAAAACAAGAAAACCGAGUUCAGUGAUCGGGAUCUACAAGCCAUUGCCAUGAUUAAUUCAGAACCGAACAGCUUCAAGCUUCUGGUCCAAUCCAUAGCCCCGGAAGUCUAUGGGCAUGAACUAGCCAAAGCUGCCUGCUUGCUUUCGCUCUUUGGAGGAGAAUCCCCCAUCAACGUGCUCCUGGUGGGCGAUCCUGGCAUUGGCAAGAGCAAGAUCCUGCAGAGCUGCGCCCAGAUCAUGGAACGUGGUGCCCACGUUAGCGGAAAAAAAGGAGCUCACUCUGCGCAGCAUUUGGGCGUGACUUUCUCGGGGCGAAACAAAAAGGUCAUGCAGGCAGGUGCCCUGAUGACCGCCAGCGGAGGGGGACACUGCACUCUAGACGACGUAGACAAACUCGCAUCAAAGCAGGCCGUUCUUCUUCAGUGUAUGCAGUCGGGCGAGAUUAGCAUACAGCUUCCCGGAGUCUUUGGCAUCUUUCCGGCCCACCCUUCGGUAAUAGCGUGUGCCAACCCGCAAAGAGGCCAGUACGAUGAAGGCCGAUAUCUUCUCCAAAACAUCAACAUUACACCAGCCCUGCUGCGGGAGUUCCAUCUGGUCUACGUAUUGCUAGACAAACCCUCGGAAAGAGACCUGUCUCUGACGGAACACGUCCGGGCUCUUCAUACUGGAGCUAAAAAGCGGGCCAGAAUCGCAGCUCGCUAUGCUCUUAAGCCCAAGAUCAGCGACUCCAUCUGCGAAGAAGCUUUUCACGGACCUGAAGCUGGCGGUGUAGAUGAAACCUUUAAGAAGGAGGAUGACAACGAUAGUAUCAUGCAGCAGGACUAUGAUCUGGAUAGACGAUUGGAGCUCCUGCCGGAAGAUGCGGACCUGGAACUCAUACCUCCUGUACUCAUCAAAAAGUUUAUUUCCUAUGCCCGGCAACAAGUAAGUCCCAAGUUGAACGACGACGCCAUGAGUGCCCUCCUUCAAUACUUUCUGGAGCUCAAGGGCAGCAGUACCUCCUCUGACAAUGACUCCGGCCCGAUAGGAUCAAGCCAACUUCUUGGCCUGAUUAACUUAUCGCAGGCCCGUGCCCGCUUAGAUCUGUCUCACGUGGUUACCCCCCAGCACGUGCGCGAUGUGAUCGCCCUUUUGACGGAAAGCAUCACCCAGACCAGCCUCAAGGCAGGUGGUGCUUCAGGCGGCAGCUGCAGUGCAUCCGGCAGAGGUGGGGGAGGCGGAAAAAGCGCCCAACUGCGCAAUUUCGUGCUCAUGAUGCAGCGGCGUGCAGAGGCACUGGGGCGGCGCAUUUUGGAGUACGAGGAGUUGAAGGAGAUCGCAACGCGGGCGGGCAUCUUGUCGGGCGUCAGCCAGCUGGUGGAGACUGCCAACAUGGGGGGCUAUUUGCUCAAGAAGGGUGCAAACAUGUACGAAGUGGUUCCGGACUGAGCAAAGCGAUGGCUGAGUCAAUAUUGACAGUAAGUCUGUUCCAUUUUUUCUUGCUAAGUGACUUUAAACCGGAUCGCUAUUUAGAGUUAAAAUAUAAUUUAAAAUUUUU